AUGUAUUCGCAUCCACAUCAUCAGUUAUCUUCAACACCAAAUAACACGAUUGGACAACAAACAUCACCAUCAGUAAAUCAUCAUCAGCAACUUUCAAGUCCACACUAUCAUCAGCAACAACAACCAAACAAUGUUUAUCAACAACAACAACAUAAUAGUACUGUAAUAGCGAGCUUUAAUGAUGCGUCUGGUGUUGCUUUUAAUGGAAAUAAUAUUAAUGGUGGCAGUAGUCAUAAUAAUAUGCCAAUAGGUGGUGGUCAUGGAACUAGUUUGAUGACUCAAUUACUAUCUAACAACAAUAAUAAUAACAACAACAAUCAAUCGCCAUCCAUGAUGCAACAACAACAUAUUCAACAUAAUUUUGCAAAUAAUAAUAAUCAAACAACACAACAACAUCAAUUGAUGGCUAAUAAUAACAUGAACCAACACCAUAAUGGAAGUUUGAGUAGUAACAGUGGUUCUCCGAAUAUCCAUAGUUCCUCGUAUAAUAAUAACAAUUAUAUGAAUCAUCCAAAUUUUGUAUUGAAUUCAACUCCUUCACCCGAUAAUAAUAUGUAUUCUCAGCAACAACAACAAAUGUAUCAUAAUACACAAUUGUCAAAUAAUAAUUAUCAAAAUAGUCAACAACCAAUGAUGAUGAACCGAGCAUCUCCUAAUCAACAACAACAACAAAUUAAUAAUACUAGUGUAAUGGAUAAUAACCACCAACCAUGGAAUCAAUCUUCGGGAGGUGGUAUUUGGAAUCAAUUCGUGAUGAAUAAUUCUAAUCAACAAGUAACUGCACAAAGAAAUUAUAAUCAAGCACCAACUAUGGUCCAACAACAUCAACAAAUGGAUAAUAUGAACUACAGUUAUGUAAAUAAUUCAAACCCCCAAAAUAGUGCAUUACUCAGUCAGUUAUUAAAUAAUAAUAAUACCAUGAUGAACCAGAAUCCAACAGAUGUGACAAUAGAUUCAUUGAAUUAUGCAACAUCAUCUGCAGUCGAUGAACAGGAUGACGGAGCAGAAGCUCAGUUUCACCCAAUUGCAUGUUUGAAUUGCAGGAAAAUACAUAAAAGAUGUACAACUAAAGGAUUGAAUUGUGAAUAUAAGGAACCAUUCUUUAAAAAGGCUGCGGAGAAGAAGGAAAAGAAAAGGAGGAAGAAAAAAGGUGACAUUAUUACUAUGUUCAAUGUUGGAGAUGAAAAUGAAGUGGCAGCCAAUGCUAUUAAAUCUAUCAAACAGAACACAAUUGAAACCUAUUGCAGCAUUGCAUUAGAGAAGUUAUUACUUGUUGGACCACAAGAGUUGCUUAGUCGUCGUGACGUUUUAUCAUUUCUCUUGUCUAUUCAAUCUCUGUGUGAAUUAAAGUUUGGAUAUCCUGAUUUGGCAGAGGAAACAAUGAUCAAGGCAAGAAACAGUUUGUCACAUCAUUUCGAUGAUUAUGAAAAUCCUUUCGUUGUUUGCACAUAUUCCCAUCUUGCAUUCUUCUAUGCAGCCGAAGGAAAAACCAAACAAGCAAGAGGAUAUCUCAGUUUUGUAAAUCAUUACAUGAGUGAUUGGAAACAAGGUCAUACUGCAGAAGAAUCUCCACAUGGAGAAAUGAAUGGAACUUUAUAUAGAGUUAGUAUUUCGAGAUUGAAUUGGUUGUGUCUCAUAACAGAACUAAUUUCAACAGAGACCCAUCCUGUCCCUAACAUCUCCACUAUUGAAAAACUCUCCUUGGACAUGCUUGGACUUGCAAUGCCAGAAGAAUGGAAAGUUUAUCUCACAUAUUAUCAAUUAACUGAUAGUAAGAAUGUGGACGAAAGAUUGAAAACUUUGGAAUUAUUUGGAUCACUCCUGCACUUUGCAAUGGGCCCUCAAAAUAAUUCUGUCUUUGCAACAAGAUUGCACAGUCUCAACAAUAUCAUUUGUAUUAAUGGGAUUAGAGCUACAGUGUUACUUCUAUCUGGAUGUAAUGUUGGUGCCUUACAUGGGGUUGAUACUGCAGGAUCAGAUAAGGUGAUAGCAGAGCACAUUAAUUUAUUGGAAUAUGCUGCUCUAGCUAUUAGUAAGACGACUGAAGAAGAGUUCUUCCCAUUCAUUUCACCAUACUUAAUUUCCUUCUUUUUGGUCGCAGUUAAGGUUAAUUUGGAAAUUUGUAAAAUGAUAGAAAGAGGAGAACGUGAAAAUUAUCGUCCUUGUCCUAAAAUUGUAAAUAGAGAAGUGAAAUUGGAUGGCAUUGAUUUAGACCAAUAUUAUACAGUUGUAGAUUAUUAUAGUGUUGUAGCAAAAGACUUGCGUGGAUUGCAUGUACUGAGGAAACGAUAUCGUUACAUUGCUAAAUAUGUUACAGACUUGGAAGAAUUUCUAGCAAAGAGGUCUACCCAAUCUUUGGAAUCUAUUGCCAAUUUUGCCAAUUCUUCUAUCAUUCCUGAUUUGAGAAUCAACCAACCUUUGACAAACACCAAUAAGAGUGAAAGAAUUGGAACUUUUUAUAGUGAAAUGAGGAAAUUCAUGUUGACUUUUAACAAGGGAUUAGGUGAAGCUCUCUUGGGUCAACCAAGAAAAAGUGGAACAGGUGGUGACAAUUUAUUCUCCCAUCCAGCUCUUUCUAUGGUAAUGAAUGGGUCAAUCAAACCUGGAAAUGUUAACGAGUUAUCAAUGUACGUCUCUGAAAUAUCCAAGAACGUUCAAGAGCAAGCAGAUGCCUUACGAGAUUUGAGCACGCCUAGUUCUAUUGAUGAUAUUGAAUUGGAUUUUGCCUCCACUUUGGAUCCAUUCCAAGCUCACAGUUCAGUCAAUCAAUUCUGAUUAUUGCCUUAUCCUGAGGUUGAAUUCAAUGAAAAAGUGCAUUCUGAAAUUCAUCACAACUCAAUUUUGAAAUAUCAAGCUAAUAAUAAAUUUGAAGAAGAGGAAAAUCUCUUGGU